UUUUAUAUUGACUUUUUCGUCUAACCAAAGUCUCAAACAACUGAUUAGUUACUUUCAGUUGCUCUCUCUCUGCUCUAUAACGUCAUCCUUUGAUUUUUCAACAUUAUACUCAAUACCAAAAUCUCAAAGAUAAACUACUACAUGAUUGUGACUUAUGACCUACGAGCUAGAACUCAAACCCACGAGCCAAUCAUGUAAUUAGCAAAAGAAAAGAUCAAUCCAACACAAAAAUGAUGAAUAGGCCCAUGCCUUGUCCCAUUAUGUUCCCUUCUCAAUUACUACAACAACACUCUUCUCCACACACACAAAAAUGUUAAUAAAGAAUCCAAUAAUAUAUAAAGGGAACCACCAGAUAAACCUUACAAUCAACCAUAGCCUAACAUUUUACCACCCAAAAAGAAGGUUUGAGAUGAGAGGGCAUGAACCAAGAUCAAGCUCCUCAUGUGCAGCCUGCAAGCUCUUGAAGAGAAGAUGCACGCCCACUUGCAUCUUCGCUCCUCAUUUCCGCUCAAGCGACCAGAUAACUUUCGCCAAAGUCCAUAAAGUCUUUGGAGCCAGCAACGUCAGUAAGCUACUCAGCGAGGUUCCUGAAGAGCAGAGACAAGAAACAGUUAACUCCUUGGCUUAUGAAGCUGACGUUCGUCUCAAGGAUCCUGUGUACGGUUGUAUUGGAGCCAUAGCUUCUCUGCAGAAGAAGAUGCUUGAGCUUCAACAUGAUAUAGCCGUUGCUCGCAAUCGGCUACUUGCCCAUAAUGCUGCUGGUGGUGUCAACAACAACAACAGCCACCUGUUGGUGUCUCCAUUGGUUGAUGAUGCUUCUCAGCUUGCUGCUUUUCUUGAUCUUGUGCCUUAUAGUGACUUGAUGCUGCUUGAUGGGUCUGGUCUUGAUGCUUACUUGUUUGAUAUUGGACAGCCUCCUUUUGUAUAGGCCUCUCUUAUCUCUUUUAUCCUAUGUAUUUCACUUGCUAAUAAGUUAUCUUCACUAAUGUAAUAUUAAUCCUAAUAUGAAAAAUCAUUUGCUUACUUCA